GUGACCGUCAUUAUCAUCAUUGUCGACAGUCUGUGUCGUGAGAGACCGGGUCAGAAGAAAAAGCGGAUCGGCUUCGACCGCUGCAGGUAGACAGGAGCCGGUGAAAACUUCCAGAGUAGAAUUCCGGACCAUCACACGUGCUCUUCCACAGUGCGAGCCCCCGAUACGAUGUUCGCAUCUAGUCCGGUGCGAGUGGCGCUUCUCAUCGCAUUAGUUAGCGGAGCAAAUUGCAUUCCAUGGCCGCGCAACGAAACAGUAGAUCUGUGGGACCACGGCGUUCAAGGGAGAUGUCCACCGUUCCCGAAUUGUGCGCCGGGCCACACAUGCGCGGUGUAUCAACACCCGAACAAUUGUCCGGUGUGCAAGUGCGUGGAGUGCCCGCAAAGAACUUGCGUCCCCCGACGGGACGAGCUUUGCCAUUGGAAUGAAGACGAUGGUGAACCUGGUUGCGGAGGAUGCAGAUGUGAGGCUUGCCCGCCCGUCUCGCAGUGUCAGUCAGGAUGCUUUAAAGUUGUACCGCAGAUCGGAUGCUCUUUCUGCAAGUGUCGCGAUUCCGAGAAAGAAGUGGGCCAUAACAGACAUACCGACGCGAACGCGGACGAGACCCAACGACAGAAGCUCGAGAGUCCGGGGACUGGAGCCGCCGACCCAACAGAUCCUUGAAAUAUUUCGACUCCAAGAAGCGAAAUCGAGCAUUUAGAUUUUUCUGUAAAUAUAUAAACGAUAUACGAGGUAGCGAAAUAUCGAAGUAUCAUUACACAAGACACAUUCCUCAAAUAAAUCACAAAGAUA